AUGUCUGGAUACCCUGGUGCCGGCUACGGCGGUGGAUACAUGCCGCCGCCGCAGCAACAGCAGCCGCCAUACGGCUACUAUCCGCCCCAACAACCCUACGGCUAUCAAGCCCCUCCCCCGCAGCCAGGCUAUGGCUACCAACCGCCCAUCCAGCAACCGCCAUAUGGCUAUUACCAGCAACCCCCGCCCCAGGGACCACCCCAGGGAUACCAAUACCAUCACCCAGCACCUCCCCCGCAGCAGCAGCAGCAGCAGCAGCAGCAGCAGCCACAGCAGCUUCAACCGCAACCUCAACAGUUCCAGUCGCCAGCCAACAACAACAACAACAACAACAACAACAACAACAACAAUAACAAUAACAAUAACAAUAACAACAACCCCCGACCGCAGAGUAUGUCUGGCCCUCUCUACAGCGCUAUUUCUCUUCAGAAACAGCCGCUAAUGCAGCGAGCAGACAUACCCACGGUAAACCAGAACGCCUAUGUGCAGGGCAACCACAACGCGCCACGCCCGCCGCCCCCUACCCCACAGAGCUUCGGCCCCGGUGCGCAUGGCGCCUCGUUCCAGUAUUCGCAGUGCACGGGUAAGAAGAAAGCACUGCUGAUCGGUAUCAAUUACUUCAACCAGCGGGGACAGCUCAGGGGGUGCAUCAAUGACGUGCGGAACAUGUCGGCUUAUUUGGUGGAGAAUUGUGGCUAUAAGCGCGAGGAUAUGGUUAUCUUGACCGAUGACCAGCAGAAUCCCAUGAGCCAACCGACAAAGCAGAAUAUUCUUAGGGCGAUGCACUGGCUGGUGAAGGAUGCCCAGCCUAAUGAUUCGCUAUUUUUUCACUAUUCUGGCCACGGCGGGCAAACCAAGGAUCUGGACGGCGACGAAGAAGACGGCUACGACGAGGUCAUCUACCCCGUCGACUUCCGCCAAAACGGUCACAUCACCGACGACGAGAUGCAUCGCAUCAUGGUGCGUCCGCUGAAGGCGGGCGUGCGCCUGACUGCCAUCUUCGACUCAUGCCACUCCGGCACUGCCCUCGACCUGCCCUAUGUGUAUUCCACGCAGGGCAUCCUCAAGGAGCCCAACAUGGCCAAAGAAGCCGGCCAAGGUUUAUUGAAUGUUGUAUCAGCGUAUAGUCGCGGUGAUCUUAGCGGGGUGGCGAGUAAUAUUAUUGGGUUCUUCAAGAAGGCGAGUAAUCAGGAACAAGCGUAUGCGCGGUCCAUGGCGAUUAAGACGAGCCCCGCCGAUGUGAUUAUGUUUUCAGGGAGUAAGGAUGAUCAGACUUCAGCCGACGCAACGAUCCAAUCCCAAGCCACCGGCGCCAUGUCCUGGGCCUUCAUCACCGCCCUCAAGAAGAAUCCGCAGCAGAGCUACGUCCAGCUGCUCAACAGCAUUCGCGAUGAGCUGCAGACCCGGUAUACCCAGAAGCCUCAGCUGUCGUGUAGUCAUCCGCUUGGUAAGUUCCCUUAUAACGUUUACUUGUCAUGA